GCAGCGGGCACACUCGCCGGAAGCAUCGGCAGCAGAUCCGGCGGCGGCGGGUGGCUUCGAGUUUCUCUUCCACUUGAGAAAUGUACGCAAUUUGAGGACGGCCACUGACGCAUCCUCGAUACGACAACGCCUUCAUUUUCUACACCGGAAGGCGACAUCACGCUCGGGGACGUUUAAUGGCAAGCUUCGUGUAACUGCAAGACCCUCGCGAGACCUCGGGUUCCCUGCUCCGAACCAGUUUUCCACAAAGGCUGUCGCUGUCUAUUGCCACUCUUCAACCUUGUCAACACUGGUCCCGGUCGCCGCUCCUGUAGGCCUCCUCCUUGACUUUGCGCAGCCUCCUGAGGUUCAGGACGCUGCAGGGGCAGGACAAACGCCCAUUCGCAGAGAUGCCACACAAACCAGAGAUUAGGCUGUCAAGCUCCACACGAGGAUGAAGAUGCCAGCCUCCUCUUCCGUCCCCCUAGCAACCACAUAACCCGCGGCGACCUGGCGCCUGUCCAAUGCGCUGCGCUGCCCUGAUGUGAUGCGUCAUGGCCCCCUUGCUGAGCGGCGUGUGGUGGGGGCCAGAGGCGGCAUUGGUCGGCGCAGGGGGCCAGGCGGUGACCUGGCUGGGCAGAGGUGGCGCCCAGCUGGCCCCACCGGUUGUCCUCAGCACCCUGGUCGCCCUGCUGUUGGUGUCCUUGCUCUUGCUGUUGUGUGCCGGUUGCCGCGAGCCGAAGAGAGCAGCCGUCAGGCAUCCUGCAGGCAACAGAGUCCUCAUGGAUGCUGCGUCGGAUAAAGAGAUGGUCAGCCGGUUGGCCGACAGUCCGGUGACAGAUGUUUGCGUCAGCAGCUCUCAUGACGGACCUCUCACCUGCGGCAUAAUCCUCACAGACACGCAAGCCAGCAGCCCCCAGGCCUCAGAGGAAAUAACCUCCGGCCAAUUGGAGCGCAGGUCUUCCAAGUGUCCGCAGGGACGCCAGCUGCCCAGCAUCCCGCCCAGUGGCCCCCUGUUCAGGCACGCUGUCCCGCCCACCUCGAGGGACAGCACCUACGAGGUGCUGAAUGACAUGUCGACAGCAUCCCGCGACGUCAGCGUCGAGGACUCCCUCUACGAGACAGUCAAGGAGCUCAAAGAACCCCCGAAGAACCUGGGACUCCCCAACGGUACCACUGGCCCAUCUCCUGCGAACACCCCCCCUCCUCUGCCCGUCCUCAAAGGCCACGCCGGUAGCCCACACGAGUACGCCUCGGUGGACCGCAACAAGAAGAGCCGCUACAGUGCCAACCUGGAGGCCAAACGGCGGUCCCAAGAUGCCGGUGUUCUGUCUCCCAGGCUUGAGGAACCCGAAGAUUUGCCGCCGCCGCUACCAGAGAAAGUUCUGGAUGAAAACGAGAACCGGCACAUGCUGAUGAACGGACAUGUCGGGCCCGAGCCGCACAAUGGGAAGUCUGGCGAGCACUCCAACGUGGAACCAACGACAGCGCAGGACGUUAGCGCCAGCCACGACUACAGCAGCAUCGGCGAGCUCAAAGGCCUGAUUGUGGCCGGGCCGUCCGGGGAUCUUUACGCCAGCGUGACGGACGUCUAUGCCCGGCCGGUGGGGGGCACUGCCCGGGACGGCGGCGACCCGGGCUAUGAAAGCAUCCACAUCCCCGACACCGGCGGCUCGGACGAGGAGCGCCCCGGAAUGGAUGGCUCGGAACCAGACUACGAGAGCGUGGGAGACUCAGGUCCGAGUCGUCUUUGACCGACCCAUCAUCGCCAUCCUCCUUCUCUCGUCAUCGGUACUAUUAGCCACCCGGUAGCAGUAGGAAAAAAAUUCAAAUGACAUCUCAAUUCACUCGUUGCAUUUCAAAGGAGUUGUGAAGGCUCUUGAAGUAUUCGUAGGGGUCCUGACGUGGGCGCGGAUUUCGAGAUGUCUCAAAGGCCAUUCCGGUAAGAACGCCAAACUGCAACCUGACAGUUGUUCCUUUCAUAUCAAGAUCAUCUGCAUUUUCGAGAUUCAAAGUGGCGUCUUAGUGGCAACUUAGGGGUGGCACCAUUUCCUUCGGGGGCCACCUGAUCAGAGCCAGAGUCAGAUUUAUUGUCAAUUCCUUCAUGCCAAGACACACAAAGAAUAUGCCGACCUUUAAGUUUUGUCACCAUUCUGGAGCGGCAACAAUAACUUUCAGGGACGUGUCCUCCCCUCCAACUUGGGCCCGCCGCAAUUUCUUCUUUGAGCAGCCAGCCUACAUGGCAACCCUUUUGAGAGCUCACCCUUCAGCGCCAACACUCCUCAAACGUGACUUUCUCACCUGUCUAGAGAUGGCACAGCACACGCCAGCCAUGUGUCGUCAAUGCGCUUCAUUAUCAAGUUUUUCCUGCCACUCCCAUGUGGGCAUCUUCCUGUGAGUUUGUUAUUUAUUUCUGACGAUGUGCCAAUGUGAACGCCUGCCUGGCUGCCAUAAGAAAACUCCGUUUGGACUUUUUCCCCAGGUUUCCAGCGCUUUUCUUGAAGGAAAAUAUUUGGUACGUGUUCCCUUGACUUUUUGACAACUUAAUUCGUUUGGACAGGAUGCUAAAUUCAGACGUUAUUCUUAGCAAUGAUCAACGCAGAUGAUUUCGAUGUGAUCUUGACCUUAUAUCGGCUUUGCUUCCUUGAUGUUGUCCAAGCGCAAGGUCUACAAUCGUGGUACAGUACUUUUUGUUUCUUCUGCACAAUUAAGGCUUAGUAGCACAACAAUACUUACUAGAAAGCACUAUUUUAACCCAGCUUUGCCUACGGCAAUAUAGUACGCUUGUGUUUAUUUGUUUUUUAAAUAUUGUCAUGAUAACAAGAGCACUGACGUGCGUGUGCAAAUGGCAGCGUCCGAUGGUUAGUUACAUGCUUUGCGCUAGUAGCCAAACAUGUGUGGGGGGAAAAGAUGCUACAGUGUAGUGGUACAUUUUGUUUUUGUGGUACUUUAAUUUAAAAAUGAAUUGUACUAUUUGUUUUUUGUUAUGAUGUUUUGUGCUAUGUACCAGCUCAGUGGCCUAGUGGUAGAGUGUCCACCCUGAGACUGGAAGGUUGUGGGUUCAAAACCUGGCCGGGUCAUACCAAAGACUAUAAAAAUGGGACCCAUUGCCUCCCUGCUUGGCACUCACCAUUAAGGGUUGGAAUUGGGGGGUUAGAUCACCAAAUGAUUCCCGAGCGCGGCACUGCUGCUGCUCACUGCUCCCCUCUCCCCCAGGGGAUGGAUCAAAAUCAUAUGGGGAUGGGUUAAAAUUUGUCCUCUGCAUUUAACCGUUAAAUGCAGAGGACAAAUUUCACCACGCCCAGAUGUGUGUGUGAUGAUCAUUGGAACUUGAACUUAUAUGUUUUUUGAAUGAUUCAACUUGUGGCUAUUUGAGUAAAUAUAAACACGUACGUACAGCCUGA